AUGCAUGCGCUACCAGGAAGGACCCUGAGCCAGAAUGACUGGCCGGUGAAAAGCUGGAAACUAAAACCAUCACCAUUAAACCCGAGACUGGGAGUUACAUGGCAAAGCAGCCCUCCUGCUCUCCGCCUGGGCACCCCCUUCCCGGUGAUCUCUCGCGCUUCGUCAGCAUGUGUGCCUCCUCGGACAAUUCAUUUCCGAGUGUUGGACAAUAGCCCUCUUUUGGGCCUGUUAGGGGUCCCCCUUCCUGCAACAAAAUUAGAAACAAAUAAAUUAGAGAAACUUGAAAGGAAGUAUGGUUUGGGGGAAAAUUGGGCAACUCAUACUUCUAAACUGUAUGUGAUUCAGAGAAGCCUUGUGCCCUUGAAAUGUGUAGAUGUGGUCUAG